UUGCACUAAAUUUUCAUUCAAUGGCAGCUAGUCUCUACACGCAACUUGUUUAAGUGGGCUUGUGAGCGCGCCGGAUGCUAGGAAAGAUCCCCCCCCUCUUUUCGACCACCUGUGCCAGUGGUCUGCUCAGAAAAUAGAUACUUCAAGACUUGAAGAUGAUCGUUCCACUCUCCAUUACCUUAUGGAUCGUAACAAGCAUCGCGAUCCCAUUCAUUCCACCCUCGCCUAUACUUGAUCGUGGGGAUACAAGUCCUCCUCUUGGACCGUUUAAUGCUCUCAUCAGCCCGUCUCUACUUCAUGCCGAGUCACCCUCCGGCAUUAAUGGGACCGGUUUUCGUUCCUUGGGGCCGCAGCGGAUUGUCCAGGAGGCAGUUUCACUUGUUCCGCCAUCUCGUGCUGUUAUGAUGGGGAAAUAUGCGUAUGAUCACCUCCUCAGAACCCACUGAAAACAUUUUUAUUUACUCUUUUAGUGCUCGGAUGGUGCUUGCUGUCAUCAAGGCAAUUACUGCUACGGAACCGGUUGCAUUCCCAACGGAGGCACUCCUUGUGGGAUCGGGCACUACUGUAAAGCAGGCUAUCGCUGCUACCAAGACCAAAGUUGUAUUCCUGAGAAUGGAUUUCCAUGCGGCCCGUUCAAUUUCUGCUACAACGGGGAGACGUGCUGCAGUGAUUUCGGUUGUUGUAUAUCAGGACUCACGUGUGGAGGGGAUGGUUAUUGCUACUUCGGUUCUCGAGUCGUGUCAUCUGAGGCUGCAACAAGUGCCUCAGAAAAAUUCACGUCUGUCUCCAGUGUCCAGCCUACCUCCCCCACUACUACCCCAGCAAUCACAACGCCAAAAUUCAGCACUCCCAAGUUCCCCACUUCAACAUCUUCCUCUACGACCUCGGCACUCCCCACGAUAUACUUCGGAAUGUACCAGGAAUAAACGAUGCGGUCACUCAAAAUAUCUGCAACGGGUUGAGCAAGCGAGGGAAAGGGAAUACGGAAGUAUUGACAUAUGCCAAGCGAACCGAGAGCGAGAAAAACAAGAUUCGCAACCAAGCUGGAUGCGUAACCGGAAAGUGUAAUUUUACGACCACAGGUCUCUCCUGCGACGAGUACCCCUUCGCAUCUACGCAGGAAGGAGG